AUUACUCUCGUCGUAAGGUAAAUAUUUGUUCUUGUGCAGUUUUGGCUGAAUUUGAAAAUUCUAAAACACGAGUUUGGAAUAAAAAGCUGCCUUUAUUUGUGGUAUGCUUUUGCUUUUACUUCUGGAAAUUGCUGAUCAAUUGCCAUAGUUUAAAUUUGAAAGCAUUUUUUUGAAAGGUGACGGACAGUAAAUGUUGUAUAUUUAUUUUGCUUCUUGAAGUUACUAAACAUUUGCCAUAUUGUAAAUUCCUCCUUACUGUAAAGGUUUUCUAUUAAAUUUUAAAAUAUGAACUCUAAUUGUUCCAUCUGCCAUGAACCAUUUAAACCCGCAAUUUCUAUGGUUACCACCCUGUGUGGGCACAUCUUCCAUUUCAGUUGUAUAAGUAAUUGGCUUGAACAAUGCGGCGUAAACGGAUCUUGCCCAGAAUGCAGGAGAAAAGUUGAUAAACAAAGUCUCAUCACACUUUUCUUUAACUGGGAUGAUAAUAACGUAGAAGAUGAAUUAAGAAAACAACUGCAUGAAAUGUACUUAGAAAUAAAGGAACUCCAGACAUCUAAUGAUUUAUUAAAGAGGUCUUUGAAUGAAUUAAAUAAGGACGUAGAAAAUUCUCAUAAAAACAUGGAAAGCUUGAGACUUUUAAAUCGUUUUGCUCUUUCUGAUAAAGAAGAUUGUGAAAGGAAAAUAGAGACAUUAUUGGAUUGUCAAAGAAAAUAUUGCGAGGAUAUCCAGAAAUUUCAGAUAAUUUGUACUCAUCUUCAAGAAAAAAACAAAACAUUGCAUCAAAACAAGGAGGCAUUUAUUGAAGAGAUUCUUACAAUAAAAAGGGAAAAUGAAAAGCUAGGCCGUAUUAAAGCUGAAUAUGAAAAGUUAUGGCAAAAAAUUAAUAAUUUAGAGUUUACGGUGGAAUAUAUCAACUAUCUUAAGAAAAUUGUUUUAUCAAAUGUUGAUGAGGUAAAUUUAACUUUAAAUGCAUGUAGUAAAGAAGAAAAAUUAACUAAAAUAGCUUUAUAUUGUUCUGAAAUGAAGCGAGUGAAUUCUAAUUUGAUGGCACAGAAAGCACAUUUACAAAAUAUAUCAGCUCUAUCACGUUAAAAGCUCUAUCACGUUCUUCUCCUACCCUGAUUACCAUUUUAAAAAAUGCAGCAGAUUUGACAAGUUUACUAACAUUCCAGGAAAUAAGAGACUGAAUGUUUCAAAAGUAUUUCCUUAUUUUCCUGAUUGCCAGGAAUAGAGAAAAUUCAAAAGACAGAGAAAUCCACAGCACGGAUGCUUUUAAUGCUGUAAUUACUUUUGUUGCUAGACAUAUUAUUGUGGACAGUGAAAUGAGGAAAUUACCAUUCAGAAAGAAAACUAUGUAAUUUUAGAAGACAUUAUAAUGUUAAUAUAUUAUAAUGUUUUAUGCAAUAAUUUUAUUUGAUAGAGGUAUGGUCAUCACAUACUGAUGUUCAGCAGAGGUACUGUAAAAUGUAUAAAGGUAAUUAGAGGUAAAUUAUAUACUUAUUUUUUUAAAGAAUUUGUAUGGUAAAUAAUUUUUUGAAGAUUUAAAACAAAGCUUCAGAGUCAUGGAUCUUUUAUGAGAGUGCAAAUUUAAUCAUUUAUUUUAAUACUUUUUAAAUCUUUAUUUGCAUUCCUUUAAAAUAUUUUUACUUUAUUUUUUAAAAAAUGAAAAAUGGUUCUAA